AUGCAGAGAGUAGGCAUGCUUACCACGGAUACGGCCAACUUCAAUCAUCAAGCCGGCUUUUUUUACUUGGCUCGGAUUCAUUGCAGAAAGUUAAUAUUCGCCGUACUCGGAUGGAUUCUCUAUCGUCUAGUCAACGACUUAUGGUUUUCGUUAUUCAUGGAUAUGACGCUUGGUAUGCGUGUUCUCUACUGGUGCUAUGCGGCUCUUGAGCUGGCCGCCAUUGUUGGCAUAGUUGCUGCGUUCUGGUCGAAAAAUCCAUACUUUCUUAUACCGGCAUUCUUGUGCUUGGUACGUUCGAUGCAUACCUUUGCAGCCAUUUCUUCGUGUGGUGCAUUCACUUGCCUGAAACUUUCCUCUCCGCUAUGCAAAUUCUCUCAGUCGAAAAUGUUAUCCACGUUGAAAGUGUUCAUCACAUAA